UGAAAUUCAGACUAACCAAACAUGUGCCGCCAAAAUUCUCCCGUUCACCAUUCCGGCGACGAAGACACCGCCGCCGACGAGAGCCUCUUGAUUUACUGCAAGCCUGUUGAGCUUUACAACAUCCUCUACCGUCGUUCUCUUCACAACCCUUCAUUUCUUAGGAGAUCUCUGCGGUAUAAAAUAAAAGCAAGGCGUAAAAGGAGGUUGAGGGGAGGAAUUGUGAUUUUCAACUACAGGGAUUGUUACAACAUGAUACGAAAGACUGAAGUGACUGAACAUUUUUCUUGUCCAUUUUGCUUGAUGCAAUGUGCCAGCUUUAAGGGUUUGCGAUUUCAUCUUUGUUCAUCACAUGAUCUAUUCAACUUUGAGUUCUGGGUGACUGAUGAUUACCAAGCAGUUAAUGUCUCUGUAAAAAUUGAUAUAUUGAGAUCAGAGAGUGUUGCUGACGGAGUAAAUCCACAAUCACAAACCUUCAUCUUCUGUUCAAGACCCCGAAAACGUUUACAAAAGGACUCUGUUCAAAAUGAAAAACGAGCCAAUGUAAAGUUCCUAGAGUUGGACUCACCAGAGGGAACACAGAAUGGAUUUCUAGAGAAGAAUGAUGAUAUCCUUUCCUACAAAGGGGAGAAUAUGUCUAAAACAUGUCAUAUUCAGAAGAAUUUACAAAUGGAAAAACAAGGUGUCGAAAGAUUUGGUCCCGAUGUUCCUGGCACUGCAGACUGCCUCGAAUAUGUUGCAUCCAGUUUCAACAUUCAAGGUGUUUCAAUUGCCAUGCCGCAAUCUUCAGGAGAUCCAGAAACUAGUAAGUCAGUAUAUAGAAGUGAUCCUGCUGUGCCUGCUAAAACAAAGAAGUUAAACAUGGAUCGAUCUGACUCAAAAAACCGAAUGCUCCUGCAGAAGAGACAGUUCUUUCACUCACAUAGAGUUCAGCCUAUGGCUCUAGAACAAGUGUUAUCAGAUCGCGAUAGUGAAGAUGAAGUUGAUGAUGACAUUGCAGAUCUUGAAGAUCGAAGGAUGCUUGAUGAUUUUGUGGAUGUUUCCAAAGAUGAAAAGCAACUCAUGCAUCUGUGGAACUCUUUUAUGAGGAAGCAAAGAGUGCUGGCUGAUGGCCAUGUUUCGUGGGCAUGUGAGGCAUUUUCCAAGCUUCACGGAAAAGAGCUAAUCUCAUCCCCAGCUUUAUUUUGGUGUUGGAGGUUAUUCAUGAUUAAACUUUGGAAUCACGGUCUUCUUGAUGCUUGCACAAUGAACAACUGUAAUAUAAUAUUAGAUAGUUACAGAAACGAAGGGUUGGAUAACGGCAAGAAUUAGAAGAUCAGGAGGAAAUCGAUUCAGCUACAAAAAUUUAGUCUUACAUGUCUUGUAUUCUACCUUAUUGCAAGUCCCCAUUUUCCAUUUAUUUUAAUAAUGUAUUAUUAUUGUUAAUCAUUUUACUGUACAUUGUAUUAAUCUUCGCAAUGUAUGAAUCUGAAAUUUAGGUAGAUUUCCUCAAAGCAAUGACCUCCAUUGCUGAAUCUUGUCUGACAAAUUAAAAACGUUUUAUUCAAACUAUAUAGAAUCUAUAAGAAAAGU